UCACACUCCUCACCAUCCCCUCAAUUCUAUACCCACUUCUUUCCAGCACACGUGCCACCUCUCCAACUCUUUACUUUAACACUUUAUUACCCAAAAAUGUCCGCCGGUGCCGUCUCAAACCCGCCUACGGCUGCAUCUGGCGAGUCCAAGAAUGCUCGCAAGAAGAAGGCCAAGGGCGAAGCUGCGACUGCGGUACCUGCUCUCGUUGAGAAGACCACCUCUGAAUUCGGUACCAACGGAUCCGAAGCUGCAGGACGAACCGCUGGUGCUGAAGACAAUGCUUUCGUCAAGGAGCUACAAAAAAACGUGCGAAAUGUAACCAAGAAGCUGAACGCCAUGUCAAAGGUCAAUGAGAUCGUUGCUGCCAAUCCCAAUGUUUCCAUCGAUGAUCUCGUGUCUACCCGCAAAAUCAACGCCGAUCAGAAAGCCCAGCUCCUGAAGAAACCCGCUCUCCAGAACCAACUCUCCCAAUUGGAGGAGCAGCUGGCCAACUACAAGAAGUUCGAGCAGGAAUACCAAAGCAAGUUUGCCCAAGAGAAGGAGAUCUUGCAGAAAGGUCACUCGGAGGAGCUUGCAAAGCUGAGGGACACACUCAAAGCUGAGGCGGUGCUGGAGCAAAAGAAGGCCUUGAGGGAGAAGUUCCUUACAUUGUCUCGCUUUUUGAGGGCCGCUGCGGCUCGACGCCAGCUUGAGGAGGACGACUCAGACCUAAGCAAGGCUUUUGAGGGUGCUCUGCUAUUGGUAUACGGCGGCGACGCCAGUGCGGUCGCAGCAACCGAGAAGCUGAUUGACGGAGCCUCUGACAACGUGCCUUCAACCGAGGGCAUCGUUCUGGAUGUCACCUAUGCACAGAUCAAGCAAGCCGCGCUCGAGGAAGCUCCUUUCGCUGCAGAGGAAGCUUGGGUGGAUGAUGUUGCCCAGGCGCAGCCUUCAGACCCCGAAGCCGUCUCAACCGAUCCUACUAUCGCCAAUGCAGGCCUCACCGAGCUCAAUGACUCAAUCCCAGUCAACGGAGUAGAUGGUACAGCAGAUGUGCCGGAAGCUCCACAAGUGUCGAGCAUAGAUGCGGGUGCAUCCAAUGCGGCAGGAGGUGACUGGGAGAAGACGCAAUCCGGUUCUGAUGAUCCUCUCACAGAAUCAUAUGAGAUCGUUCCCCGGGAUCCUGCCGAGACCGAGACUCCUGCUGCUACUGCGCCUGUGAAUGAGACCCGGAGCUGGGCCGACGAUCCCGUGGACAGCAAUGCAGUAGCGCCUACCAAUGGCAACGAUGGCUUCCAAGAAGUCCACAAUACUCGAGGGGGUCGCGGAAGAGCCCAGUAUCAAGGUGAGGGUCGUGGAGGAUACAGGGGUCGUGGCGGUCCUCGGGGUAGCGGUCGUGGUGGUCGCGGCCGUGGUCGAGGCGAUGGGUUCCGUGGUGGCCGAGGUGGUUUCCGUGGAGGUCCCCGUGGAGGCGAUGCGCAGUAG